AUGUCGUCCUCAAUGUCCGAUUCUUCGAUCCGCAACCGAAGCGACUCCACCGAAGGUUCUGAGCUGCCUGAGCAUGAGCACAAGCGCCCAAGGCUGAGUGAUACUAAGCCUGAUGGGACGCAUGUCAUGUCGGAUUUACACCAAGACAACUCCAACCCCGCACUUUCUGUGCCAGUCGUCCUUGCAACCGGUGAUGAGGAAAGAGCCCUCGUCAAGACACCGCCGCUGCCUCCCAGAAAUGUAGCCCCUCCCGCCAUCAUAUCCCCCACCAGCAAGGUGACCAUCAACACCCGCCCGUUGUCCUCUCAAUCAGUCACCCAACCAACCACCGAGGCCGAAGGAGCGGGAAUGCCAGCCAGUCUCUCACUUUCCGAAACCUCCACUGUUGGCGGCGACUCAAAGGGAGACGUCAAUGCGGCUCUUGCCCCUCCACACCAUCAGCCCGAGUCGGCGGAGAUCAUCUCGAUAUCGUCCUCCCCGAGCAAGAGUCCUGAAAUCGAGAUUGCUGAGCCCGAAGACUUUGACCAAGAUCCAAACCAGACAAGGUGGACUGGUCGUAUCAGCGGUGGAAGCCCCUCUGCAUCUGUCCUGAAGUCGGUUCCACCCGGUUAUGUGAAUCGUACAUUUCCUUUUUCCCAAGAAUGGGCACCAGGGAGCACUCAUAGAGUCAUUGCCCGCAUAGCGGAAAACUUCCAACACGCUGGUGGCCAAAAUGGCGCGAUAUUCCGUCAGGUCAAGGACUGGAUGAUCGAAUUUGUCUCCGACUGCGACGAAUUUUCCAUGACACUGCUUGAAGAAGAAAAGGACUUCUGGCAGCGACUCCCAGAUCUCAUCGAAGGCCUGCUACGCCGAGAGGCAGGCCCGCCUCCUGGAGCUCGGACCGAAGACCUCGUCGACUUCUUCGUUGCCUUCGCUCAAAUUGCCAAGCUUCUAAUUGACUUCGAUACCCAAAGACUACGUGUGCUCCGCGAGGAUCCAGGAUUCGGGGAUUUGAAGUCCUUCAACUUGUUGUGUGCUAACUACCUACAACCUCUGACAUGGAUUCUCUCCGUCCGCAUUCCCUUCUACGAUGCGUUGUGCCGUGCGCACAGUUUCGAUCGGACGCACUUCUACACACUCGUCAUCGAUCGCCUUGGAGACCCAUCCACAGUGUCCAUAUUGCCUUCCAUCGCUGCCCUGCUCUCCGAAAUGUGCGCUCUCAUGACCAAGCGAGCCGAUUUAUUUCGACCUUUUCACAAUCUGCUCCAGGUGACCAAUUGCAUCAUGGCUCCCAUCACCAACACGUACAGUACGGAGACCAACUUUGUCUCUGCGGCAUUCUCGCAACUUGACCACAUCCGCAACGGCGCUGCAGAAAUCAUUUUGCAAGCAGACAAUGCCAUUCAACAAGCCAUCGUGAAGCAAGCGGCAUGGCUCAAUCUAGAGACGGCGGGGAAAAUCAUUGAUCUUCUCAAUCCAAUGGUGUCGACAAUUGCGGUCGAGAUUCCGCAGAUUGGCAAGGACAUCAUAUCUUCUGCUGGAGUUGGCUUCGCUGAUUCAGAUCUCACUGACCUUCCCAGCACAAUGCCAUACGCCUGGAAGUUCAAGACACUUCGCAAAUUCAUCACCAAUGGCCGGAUGGAACUUCGAGUUUCUGGCGUCGACAGCAUGUCAACUGAUCUAGUUCAAGUGUUCAAAGAGCAUAUCAGUGGCCAGGCGCAGCCUGCAAUGUCUCACCCGUUGGUGAGGUUCUUAGUCAAAUUUAUCAAGGAGAACCAAUUGGUGGACUAUAUUGUCGGCGUCGACUCUCACCCACAAUUGAUACGUCGAGCCCAUAAUGUGGUCGGUUUCCUCUGCGUCUCUGGGACUUACACAGACGCCGACACAGACAAUAUCUGGAAAACCAUCGUGGAGAGCCAAGACCCACGGACUGCUCACGAGGUUUUCAAUCUCCUUCAAAUGUGCUUCACUGUAUACGAUCUUCAUGCUCUUUACUACAUAUGCCAAAAGCUGUCUGACUACCCCAUCCAGCGCUUCGAUUUGCACGUCUUGCAGUUCACUGCACUUCUAUUUGAUAAUCUCAGAACGAAGACCGGCAUAUCACCUCUGCAUCUCACAUUGGCCACGGAUCCAAUAACCCGGAAGCUAUGCAUACGAUUGCUGCGAGAGGCCUCGAUGGAGGAGAAUGCGUCUCUCGAACAGGCACCGCUGAUACGGCGCGACUUUGCACAGCAUCUGACUAAUGUUCUGUCUCUGGGUCGAGCGGAACUUACUUAUGCAACGAUUGACGAGGAAGAGCGGAAUCAGAUCAUGUCCGAGGCUGCCUCAAACCUUGAAGCCCAUAGCGAAUAUGCCUCUGGUGAUCUCCAGGUCUUGAACUGCUUGUUACCAAUGUUGGGAAGAGACGGAGUCGCCGAAGCCACCGAAAAGUUCGACCUGCUGGCACUGCUCAUUGCCGACUUCGCAUAUUUACGGGACCAAUUCGAUCUGAUGGUGGCACACGGUGUUCCUGUCAAAUCGAUCGAGACAAUGUAUGAGGUGCGAUCCGCGUGCCUAUAUUACUUCAUUCUCUAUGUAGCCGAGGUCUUCACCCCAGAUCUCGUGCAGGUCCUUUGGACGUCCUUCUAUUCGUUCUCCCGACUCCCUACUUCCGUUAGGGCUCGAGCGUGGGAGACCCUGACCCAUGCAGUGAGAAUCAAGCAGAAUAAGGACGAGAAUAUCCUCCUGGACUUGAUCAUCGAGAAACACUUACCGACUCUGGUUCCUCAAGACUACAAUGAACAAGUCCUAGAGUUCAUCAGGGUGUCGAUUUUGUACACUAUCAGACGCACCACGGAAAGUAUCUCUGACACUGAAGACGUCAUUGUAGUACCUGGGAUCGAGAGAAUGUGGAAGGUCAUGUUGGAUGCGCCUCCCAACACUGUCGAGAAUCAAGCGACCGAUUUCAUCAUUCGGACAUACUUGGAUAACAACCUUGUCACCCGAAGGUCGAAAGAAGUGAUAGACGCGACUCAUGCUUCUCUCGUGGACCGCUCCGUGCAACAGGUUAUGGCAUCUGCAUCCAAGCUCAAGUCAUACACAGAUGGUACCAUGAGCGGCGAGGAUGAGCCCAUGGUAAUUAUUGCCUCUGAGGACGAAAUCCGCGCCGAGGAACUGCGUUUUGAUCGGUCUUUACUAUUCCUUCGGAAAUUUCUUGAGGGCAUGAAACUACGACCACGGUACAGUCCAGUUCCCGACCAGCAGAUUCAGGGACUGGCAGAAUUUCCGGGCAAGAGAGGGGAAAUUGUAGAACUCAAGAUUCAGAUCAUGGCAAGCAAGUACUUCACUGAAAAAGUCCAAAAUAUUACCAUCGGGUCCGAGAACACUUGCGACGAGUUGCACAGAUAUCUUUGUGAAGCGAGUGGCUUCAGUCAGUUCUCGGUGUUCAACAUGGGGCAAAAGGUUUUGCUUGCAGAACAAUCGACAACCAUCGCAGAGUCCAAGGUAGCCUCCGGCCUCCUGAUUGUUCAAAAACAAUUGAACACGCCGGAGAGUCCACCAACCCGGGCCACUCGCGCGACCUCGCCGGUUGACAACAAAAUUAUGCACCACUUUGAUGACCUUUACGAGCUGCUUGAUGCUGACGAGCGCCUGUCAAGAGAGGUGUACACGUUCCUCAGCCUCUUCUCCGCGCAAACAGAACUGGUCCGAGUCGUACGAUCCAGGGACAGGUCGCCACUGGAGCUUCUGCCUCCAGGAAAGCCUUUCAGACUCUUGUAUUGCGCUAGGGCUUUGCGGUCUUGCAUUGAGGAUGAGUCGUUCAGCUCGAACCCGGAUUCCCAGUUCCUUAUCUACAGCAUUCGCACCAUCGUGCAAGUGCUGCCCAAACUGGAUUUGAAUGAUCCAUCAGAUGGGCUCCAGAUGUCGAUUGCACACAGCUUGAUAGAAGCACUUCUCCUAGCGUUCCGAGCCAAGGUCUCACCAGAAACAUCGAGCGAAUAUGUUGUGGAUCAUCAAGAAUUCGCAUUGCAAACUUCGAGGUUGCUACGUUUUGCGCUAGGGAGCCAGAACACCAAUGUGGACGAAGUUUCAUCCUCAGCUAUGGUGAAACUAGUCUUGGAAACUUUCAUCGAAGCGUGUCUGCACGAUGAGCGAGUUUGGACCUAUGUGGAUGCUGAAGCUGGCUUCGAGGAUCUGAUCGUCACUGCUUUCGUUGAAGAUCCCCGUGUCGAUGUGCGGCAUUCACUUCUCGAGGUUGUGGUUGGUUUGACUGGUGCUGUGGGAGCAAAGUUGUACCUCAAAAUCAACAAUCCAAGAGCACCGCGAUCGCGCUUUCCAGCAGCUUCCAUCGAAACUUGUCUCUCUCAUUUGUGGACCGCUCUAGCAGACAUCCUGCCCCACGCCUGUUUGCAGCAUGAGCGGUGCGCCGAAGUCUGCGAGACAAUGCUAGCUAUCCUGAGGAGGAUAGGCAAGUCUUUUCCUAUCGAAAGUAUCAAACAAUACUUUGACCAGUGGAUCUCCAUCCUCCUGAAGCACGAGCAUGUCGAGGUCGUUGGUCAACCCCUCAAGGAUCACGUCGUUGCCUGUCUUACCAAGCUGCUCCUCGAAAGCUGCAAGCUUCUAAAGACAUCAAAUGCUCUUCCUCCUGGCAAUCAGACCAUCGAACAGAUCAUAACCUUGUUCCUGUUCCCACCCCUCUCCGAAGGUGGUGCUGGGAUAGAUGAGAGCUCGAGAUUGCCGGUCCUGGACAGUUCCGUGCGUGAAAGCCUAUACAGCCUCAUUCUUGCCCUGUGUCAAGGCACUCGGGAGCUCGCAACAGUUGUCACCAAGCUGGGGGAUGAUUUGCUACCUCCAGACUUUUUUGAACCAAUGUAUACACACGAUCGGCAGAACCUGCGCACAGAUGUCGGCUACGCUGGACUACGAAAUCUUUCGAACACUUGCUACCUCAACUCGUUAUUUUCCCAACUCUUCAUGAACGUGCAAUUCCGGGAGUUCUUUUUGAACAUGCUGGGCACAAACGAAUCGAAACAGAAGCUCGUCCUCGAACUCGCAAAGGUCUUUGCGUAUAUGCAAAAUUCCUACGAAAAGUCGAUUGAUCCCUCGAUGGCGGUUGAGGCAAUCACGACCUAUGAAGGCGAGCAGAUUGAUGUGUCGGUGCAGAUGGAUGUUGAUGAAUUUUUCAACUUGCUCUUUGAUCGCCUCGAGGGUGAGAUUGAUUCUUCUGCCCGAGCCGCAUUCAGGUCGAUGUACGGCGGACAAUUGGUUCAGCAAAUCAAGUCGAAGGAGUGCGACCACAUUUCAGAACGCCUGGAGCCUUUUUCUGCCGUUCAGGUCGAGAUCAAAGGCAAAGCACGCCUAGAAGACAGCCUUCGUGCCUAUGUCGAGGGAGAAGUUCUUCAAGGCGAAAACAAAUAUUCUUGUACUUCAUGUGGACGUCACGUAGACGCUGUUAAGCGAGCCUGCCUGAAAGACGUGCCGGACAAUUUGAUAUUCAACCUCAAGCGGUUCGACUACGACAUUAUGACUGGGAUGCGGACAAAGGUCAACGACGAAUUCCAGUUUCCCGACACGCUUGAUAUCGCACCCUAUACUCUCUCAAGGCUCAGUGAUGAGCAGCAAUCGGGAGAGCCAGACUAUUUCCAGCUUACUGGUGUCAUUGUCCACUCCGGUACUGCAGACUCUGGUCAUUACUAUUCGUUUAUCCGUCAGCGACCGUCGGCAAAACCUGUCCACGAGUCGUGGGUCCAGUUCAAUGACCAAGACGUCGGCGUCUUCGACACCAAUCAAAUGCGUGACAACUGCUUCGGAGGCACUUCAGAAGCUGGGUUUUAUCAUCUUCCCAAAUUUUACAGCGCUUACAUGCUGUUCUACCAGAGGACAUCAAGCAUUCGCAAGGUCGAGGAGCAAUAUCAUUGCCAUGACACAAUCAAUCCUGUGCGCAUCCCGCUAUCCCAUUCACUGGAGCAGCACAUAGCUCAACAGAAUGAGCUUUUCUUGCGUUCUUACUGCGCGCAAGAUUCUUCACAUGCGCAAUUCAUUCAGAAGCUACUCGAACGCAUCCCACAGAGCAUGGACAGAUGCAGCAAGGAUCACACCCUCGAAUCCGCCGUGAUCGAGAUGGUCCUGGACUAUGUGCGCUCAGUAUCCUCUCGAUGCAAGGAACAGCCAUUCUUUGAAGAGACUAUUGCUGGUCUUCUCACUUGCACGCAGCAGUGCCGAGAGUGCAACAGAACAAUAGCUCACUGGUUUCACAACCCUCGAGUUCUUGAAGAUGUUGUUGUCCGUAGCCCCUACCAGGCGGUCCGCAAGUCGUUUGCCAACCUAUUCUGUGUCACCUUUACUCGACUCCGCGCGCUGAAGAUCGAACUAGCAUCGGGUCCGGCAUUCGAUAAGUUGGCGAAGGAGUACCAGGGGUGGCUUCAGCCCUGUAUCGGCCAUUUAUCUCGAUUGUGGGACGUGGUAGCCAAAACAGGCCGUUGCUGGGCGGACUACUUUGGUCUCUUGUACAGCAUACAUCGGUUGGGUGACGAGGAAACCAUAUGGGUUCUCGAACAGAACUACCUGGAAAAAUGUGUCGACAUCAUCAUGAUGCACCUGAAUAAUUCAGUCGAGUUCCCAGUGUCCAAGAAGCUCAAGACCCGAUACCCUACGUAUUUGAGUGCGCGAGAGAGGAAUCGGCCAUUCAACCAUCCGGUGCUAGUCCGCCUCUUUGUCGGCCUAAUCCUGAGAAUCGACUUCCACCUACCUGUACACAGAGACUAUCGCCAUUAUGACAAGAAGAUCGGCUUGACCAUUGACGAGGUGGAACUUCUCGGGUUCAACAAGAUUCCCCCCAACCUGGAAUGGUUUAGGCGGUUGAUUGCAGGACGGCAAAAUUCGCCAGCGGUGGACAGCCUUAUAGAAGCGUUCGCAGAAGACCGACGACUCGCUGGUGCUCUCUCCAUCGUACUGGUAAAUGGACUGAAUGAUCGGAGUAUUAACACAGCCAGCAGCUUCCUUCGACCAGUCUUGACAUUCUGCGAGUAUUGUGGCUCAGAGAAUCAAGUAUUCGAUCUUGUUCAACCCGCCCUGGAAAGCAUCGCAACAGUAGGUGUCGAAUAUGGCCGGGAGUAUUUCGAGUUCGUCGACGCCUUGUUGAAGGUGGAAAAUGUCCACCUCAACCUCGCAGCGGGUUUCCUAGAGGACGCGGUCCUGCAGACAGUGCAUCAAUGGGCGCCAAUGUUCUUGCUGGCACCUAAUGAAGGUCAAUUCAACAUCCGUCUCGGAACGGUGGACUUGCUGAAGAGGAUCCUGUUCACCCCUUUACAGGAGCCUGCUCUCCUAGAUCCCCGAGUCUACCAGACACUUGUCGCGACAGUGCACGAUUUGGCGACUAGCUGUUCCAAUUUUGUGCAAACCACCUUCUUAAAUCCACGCAGCCGAGAGAGUAGCACGCUCCAGCCCGGCCAAGCCAGCCAAUUGAUCGAUGUGGUGGAACAUUGCCUGACAUACUUUGAACUCGAAAAUCCAAUCCACGAGGAAAAGAUGGGUGAAAUCCAGAACACUAUGAUGGCAUUAAGGGCCAAGGCUGAAACAGCCGUUGAGACUCUGAGCUCGGCUGACUGGCAGGACGGUAGCAGUGAACUGGCCGAAUUGAGUGCCGAGGACUACGAGGAUCCACUUAGCCCGUGA